AUACUGUAGCCAUGGAUGGUAUGCCGCGUUUGCCCAUGAUUCAUCCGGAUUUCAAGUAUGCCAACACAACAUCUCCAGAAUUUUCUACAAAAAUAAAGGAGUACAUAUUAAGUCAUUAUGAAGAUGAUCCGGGGAAGUAUGAAGGUGCCUUGUCCGAAUUAGAAUCCCUCAGGGCGAAACUUUCCUCUUUUCUUCCCGAUGUCGAAACAGUUUGUCAGGUGAAAAGGUAUUAUGCGCAGCUAAGAAUGAUGAAAAGCAGAUUCCCUAUGGAAGAAGGAGAUCCAUUACACAUAUCCUUCUCUUGGUGUGACAGGAAUGGUGACAGCAAUAGUUGCACGUAUGCUGAUGUUGAUUUUGAACUUGCCUGUGUAAUGUACGAUAUAGGAGUGAUUCAUGCUAGCAUAGCCGCGUCGGAGAGCAGAAUUGAACCUGAUUCUAUAAAGAAUGCGUUCACACAUUUCCAGUGUGCUGCAUAUCCGUUUCAGUAUAUUCGAGACAAGAUGAAUGCAUCUAAAUAUUCGGUUUUUAGCUUUGAUAAUAACAUACUAACAUGGUACUGCAAUAUUAUGCUGGCACAGGCCCAAGAGUGCCUACUAGAAAAAAGUUUAAUUGACCAUCGUAAAAAUAUGAUAGUAGCAAAGUUAGCCGUAUAUCUCAGAGAUAUCUAUAAACAGUGUGGCGAGUUAUUGGAAGAAUCCCGUGCGUCAGAAUUUUUUUCUUCGAGCAAAUAUAAGGAGUGGGCGAGGACUUGCAAAGUUAAAUCUGAACUUUAUGGUGCUGUUGCGAUGCUCUCAAUGGGUGACAAAGCAGAAGAAGACAAAAAAAUGGGAGUUCGACUAGCAUUUUAUGAGUUAGCGGAAAAGAGUGCUUUAGCGGCUCUGAGUCUUGCAGAAAAGGAUAAGCGAGAAAAUGUGCUGCAAGCUGUAGCUUUCAUGCAUGAUGUGACUAACGCCAAAUUUACGAGUGCAAAGAAAGAUAAUGAUUUUGUCUACCAUGACAUAAAACCAAAGUUUGAGGAAUUGCCGACAGUUGAACCUGUGCCGAUGGUGAAGCCACUUGCUUUUGAUCCCACGGAUCGUUCUGUUUGUGGUGACGACCUUUUUGCUGCUGUUUUACCCAUGAAUGUAUUGAAAGCCGUAUCUGUUUAUGCGGAAGAAAAAGCCAAGUUUAGAAGAUCUAUCUUGGAAAAAGUUGCUAUAAAAGACCAGGAUCUAGAAGCUCAUCUUGUUUCGCUACGGCUUGAGGAUAUUGAUCUUGAUGCUUCAGUGGAUGAAGUGAAGUUGCCAGAUUCUUUAUUAGAGAAAAGCGCGGCUUUUAAUGCACAACCAGACGCCUUUAAUGAGCUCUUAGAGAAACUAAAAAAAGUGGGAAACUAUGCGGCUCAAGCAGAAGAGAAGCUUUCUAGUUUAAGUAAUCGGCUUGCAGCUAUCGAUCUACCAAGCCUGAAAUCGGAUGAAGCCUUUGUCGCCACGUCAAAUAAGCUCGCGACUUUAACUGAGAAACACACACAGGCUAGAGAAAAUAACAUUAUACUACAGAAGAAAAUUGCUUCGCAUUCAGAAGCGUUACGAAAUUUGGCUUUGCCUUUACCCGAAUUGAGUCGUCGUAUUGUUGGAUUUCCGAUAAGACCUUCUGAGACACCAGAAGGCGCUAAAUUGAGGAAGGCUCUACGUAAAACUGAAGAGAUGAAAAAACAACGCGAAAGUUUUGUUAAAGAUUUAACAAACGAUCUUGAUAAUGACGAUAUCACUGCAAAAUGUUUGGCUGAAAAGGAUUUUGAUAAUUCUGAUCUCUUCAAAAAAGAGUUAGCAAAACAUGAAAAAACAGUAAAGUUGAUCGAUUUAAAUUUGGACGCCCAAGAAAAAAUUUUAAGCUGUCUUAUUGAUGCUAAUGCUGAAUUCGCUGCAUGUCGCAGAGAAAUUAUGAAACAAAAUGACAGUAGGAAAGAUCAAAUAUUAGCUCUUACUGCUGCAUACGAGGUGUACUGCACUGUGCUUCAAAAGGCUGACGAAGGACUCAAAUUCUACGACGGUUUAUUCAAGAGCGUUGACACAGUGGAACGGGUUAUCAAAAGAAUUGAGGAAUCGUGUAAGAAAGCUGCUUUAGAGUCUGCCAGAAUUAAGGCAGAGGAGCAUGCACGGAAAUUAAAAGCUUCACGUGACGCAGAAGGGAUCAUGAGGCAAUUCAGUAGUGAGAGCAGUGAAGUUCGCUCGAUAACCGCUGAGACGCAAGGAAUGGUUACACCUAUAGUUCAGAAUUUACCUGGGUAUAUGGGGAACACUGUUGGUAACCAAUUCCGUAGUCCUAAUCAAGGGUCUUGUGCAUCUUCUUUCCCACCUACCUCAGCAAGGCAGAGCACCGUUCCUUUUGAUGGUGCAGUUGUUACUUGUUCUGCUCCUAUGAGCACACCACAGUUUCCUACGACCUUGCCUGGUAACUGCAGCAAUGUUCUUCCGCAACAACCGAUGCAUAGCAUGAAAGAUGUGAACAACGGAUUGUUGAACGGGGUUCAUCCUUGGUCAAAUCAGAUAAUACAGCCUACAAGUGGCAGUAUGGUACCGACAGUUUAUUCCCAGCCUUAUCGUCCAAUACAAAGUGCAGCAAACCCAUUGCUGCAAGGCCAACCUCCGGUUCAAAUGAACACAAACAUAAUGUUAAAAACAGACCAUUACGCGGGGCAAACCACACCCAGAUCCUGUGGACAAAGCCAGCCAGUAGUUUCUGUAAAUGUCCCCGCCAGUUCUGUUCAAGUUCCUCAGACAUAUUCGAGGGUCAUUGCACCAACGUCAGGGUGCCCCGCUACAAAUCUUUCUAUGCAGCAAAGUUGCUCUGGACUUACUCCGCAAAUACAAAUGAUGGAUUUUUCAAUUCCGCUGGCUUCCUUCAAGUAUGGAGCAGCAUUUCAGCAGUACCCUCCGAAACCUUUGCAAGGCCAACCUGGUUUAAUGCCCGUAAAUUCUACUGAUCCUAGCUGGCAGUUACGCCAAGGAGCUGCUCAACAGACUUUUGUUGCUCCUACUGUGCCAUACAGUUCUUAUCAAGUAAUCUCAUUCCUUUGCAUAAUCAAAGAGUGCCUCUUGCAAGAGGCAAUCUUGUUCAUCUUUUCACAAAACUCCAUGGCAUCGUCUAAAAUUUAGCG